AAACAGAAAAACCCGAGAAAACAUGGCGAAUCAGAGGAAAACAUAGAGAAACAUGGAAAAACAGGGAGAAUCAGGGGAAAACAUAGAAAAACAUGGGAAAACAGGGGAAAACGUAGAAAAACAAAGGAAAACAGGGAGAAUCAGGGGAAAACAUACUAAAAACAUGAAUAUACAGGGAGAAUCAGAGGAAAACAUAGAAAAACACGAGAAAAAAGGGCCAGUCAGGUGAAAACAGAAAAACACUAGAAAACAGGGCGACUCAGAGCAAAACAUAGAAAAACAUGGAAAAACAGGAAGAAUCAAGGGAAACAUAGAAAAACAUGGGAAAACAGGGGAAAACGUAGAAAAACACGGAACAACAAGGAGAAUGAAGGAAAAACAUAGAAAAACAUGGGAACACAGGGAAAAACGUAGAAAAACACAGGAACACAGGGAGAAUCAGAGGAAAACAUAGAAAAACACGGAAAAACAGGGAGAAUCAAGGAAAA